UUAAGCAGUUAAAUAGUAUAUGUCAGGAUAUGGCGAAUAAAAUACAGUCAAAUAAAGCAAAAACACAAGAUUUGUUAACAAGAACUGCUGCACUGCAAAGUGAAAAGAGAACACUUGAGAAAAAGCAAGUAGCAAUUGAUGACUUUUUGAAUCGUUAUUCACUAGCACCUGAAGAGGAAGCAGCUCUGAAAGGUUCCGAAGCUGAUGGCACAGUUGAUGCGAAGUUUUUUGCGGCACUACAACGUGUGAAGCAAAUCCAUGGUGACAGUAAACAACUUCUUCGAUCUUCUGGAGAGCAUCUUGCAGCGGAAAUAAUGGAAGAAAUGGCAAAUAAAUUGGAAGAGGCGUAUGAAGCGCUGUACCGUUCAAUUCAGCGUGAGUGUCGAUUGCUUAAUGUGGAAUUCUUGGAAAUGAAAGGAGUUUUGGUGCAGUCAGUCGCAGCGCUUCAGGACCGUGAAGUCCUAUUCAAAUAUGCCUUAGAUGAGUAUACUAUGGCACGGAGAAAUCACAUAGUACGAGCAUAUAUUGACGCACUGACACGAGGAGGUGCUGGAGGUACACCCAAACCAAUUGAAUUGUUGUCUCAUGAUCCAUUGAGGUAUGUGGGUGAUAUGCUUGCAUGGAUUCAUCAGGCGUUGGCUACCGAAAGAGAACUUUUGCAAGCAUUGCUGAAAUUAUGUAGUCCAGAUGUUUUGAAAGAAAACUGUGUGGGUAUACAGAGCCAAAUUUCCGAAGCACUUUGUCGUCCAUUUAAAGUUCGUGUCGAGCAGGCUCUCAUAACUGAAACGAAUUGUAUUGUACUUUAUCGAUUAUCUUGUCUUUUCACUUUCUAUCUCGAAACAAUGGCACCGUCUUUGAACUCGGAAUCGAUGUUAAUUCAAACAUUUAAAGAGCUGAAAGAAUUGACGUUAAAUUUGUUUUUCAGUGGGUUACAUUCCCUAGUUCAGAAGCUUGUUGGAAAGAUGGGUACGCCUGAUUACGAUUUGCUUCCUGUGUCCGGUGUUCAUCAGGUGCUAAUGUUGCUUAAAGAUGUUCUGGAAUCACAUGAUGGUGCCGUUGCUGCUGUGGCUGAGAAGAAAGAAAAUUUUGAGAAAAUCUUUGCAACUGUUUUGGAUCCGCUAAAUCAAGCAGUGCAGUUGUCAGCAACACAGCUUCAUUCACAUAUUGAUGUCGCUGUUUAUACUCUUAAUUGUUUUUCCGCUGUAAAUGCUGCUAUCAUACUUUAUCACUUCACGGAUUCACGCCUUGAAAUGAUUAAAGCUCAGACUGAUGCAAACGUCGAUGUGCUUGUUAGUGAGCAAGCCACUUUCAUUAUAACACAAACAGGAUUAAUUGAACUAUAUCGGAAAGCCGCAGCUCAUCAACCAAGCCAAGGAGUGCUUUCUGAAAUCAUUGGAAUGGAACCGUCUCGAAUAUCAAGCACAUUGUCUUCAUUUGAUUCUUUUCUAGCAAGUCCUGAUAAAUAUAAGUUAGAUCAGUGUGUGAAAUUAUCAUCUGCUCGAUUAAGGGAUACAGUACGAGAGAGGACGAUUGAGAAUGUGGUGGCAGCUUACAAAAUAAUUUAUGAUAAAAUUGUUGAUCCAAAUAAUAAAUAUCCUCAGCUGUCUAUUAAAACUGUCGAACAGGUCCAGGAAUUACUGAAGAUAUGGACGUAG